AGUUAAUUUGUGUUGUAAACUCGUGUUGAUAAAAGUUUUUAUAUUAUACGGAGGAUCAUACGCCAUUUUCAUUAUUCUAUAAAAAGCUUUUAAAGAAAUGGCAAAUCAACUGGAAUUAAAUCAAGACAAACACAACGAAUUUGAAUUUGAUUAUUUAAAAGUUGAAAAACUUUCGAGCGAUGUCCUUAAUACGUUUGCUGACGAGUUGCCAAAGGACUGGAUCAAGUUAGCUCGUUUCCUAAAAAUUACUAACGACGAAAUAGAUAAAGUUUUACACGAGUACAAAACAGCACGAGAACAAAUUUUUGAAAUUUUUAAUAGUUGGUGUGAAAAAAACCCAGACAAAACAUGGAGCGACUUAAAAUCUGGAUUAAUAUUUUGUGAGCGUAAUGAUGUCAUCAUUAAAUGCGAAAGAAAACUAAUUGUGUCAUCAAUAUUUGGUGUUCAACCUCCUUCUGGAAUGUUAUUUUUACGUAAUAAAGAACUUUGUGAAAUUCAUAGUUAUUUUAUCGAAUUACAAGAUGAAAAAAAAGCAACCUUAGUAUUGUAUGGAAUGUCUGGUGUCGGAAAAACACAACUUGCCAGAAAAUAUUGUAAAACUUAUCAUAACUUUUAUGAAAAUUUUGUGUGGAUAGAUGCAGCGUUUGGAAAUUUACAAACUUCGCUGUAUAAUAUUUUGCAAAAACUAGGAUUUAUAGUUCAAAACUCAAAAGGUGAUUAUAUCGCCAUAGAAGUAGUUGUUGAAAAGGUUCACAACUAUUAUAAAAAUGAAAAGACUUUGUAUAUUUUUGACAAUGUCGACGAUGAAAGUGUUCGAUAUUUGGAAAUGUACAUUUCAAAGAAACCGAAUGCAUUUACCUUAAUUACCUCUCAAUGGAGAACGUGGUCAAAUAAUGUAAAUAAAAUGUUUAUCGAUGUUUUUUCUUCUGAAGAAGCUUUUGCUUAUGUAAAAAACAAUAUUAAAGAAAACACCGACGAAAACAUAAGAAAACUAAUUAAAGAACUUGGUUAUCAUCCGUUUGCUAUUAAUCAGGCAAUAAAAUAUAUAAAUAUACAUAAUAUUUUGAUAGAAAAAUAUAUUGAACGAUAUAAAUCAAAACCUUUAGAAAUACUAGACGAUGAUAAUUUUCCGACCGAAGAAGAAUCAAAGUCUGCUAUUAAAGCCAUCAAUCUAGUUUUAAUAAAAAUGGAAAAAACAAAAACUUUUCCAUUACAAAUAAUAAAUUUUUUAUCUCAUUGCGAUGGUAAACACAUAAGUAAAGAAUUUAUAAUCCAAAUUUCAAAACAUAUAGCAUUAAACGAAGAAUACUUGGUAGAUGAAGCCAUUAGAUUACUAAUGAGUUACUCCUUACUAGAUUGUUUUGAUAAUGAAAAAUAUACAAUGCACGAUCUGACACAACUGUCGUGUAGAUAUUUUCAAAUUAAAAAUUCAAAUACAAAUAUGUAUCUUGAUCUAAUAGAAAAUUAUUUUAAAUUUGAAUUAAACGAAGUAAAAGUUCACGUUGGUUGUGGAAACCAUUUUGUGUAUCAUUUUCUUCAUAUGUUUCGUAUUAACAGAAAAAGAAUGUCAAAAACCUUUCAUAGUAUGACAACUUCUAUUAAAAAAAUUUUAUUCUGCAAUUGUUUGUUUCUUGAAGCACUUGAAAUAUUAAAAGCUGUUCAAAGUUUUAAUGCAGAAACCUAUGGAGUAAAUAAUAAUUUCACCCUUGAUACAAAUCUUAAUAUUGCAAGCUGUUUGUAUGAAAUGGGAAAAUAUAACGAAACUUUAGAAAUAUAUUAUUCUGUUGAUAAAAUACGAACUGAAUUUUUAGGUAUCAACCAUCCAUUUACAUUGACAACAAAACAUAAUAUCGCAGAAUGUUUGUGCCAAAUGGGAAAAUAUAACGAAGCUUUAGAAAUUUAUUAUUCUGUUGAUAAAAUAAGAACUAAUAUUUUGGGUAUCGACCAUCCAGAUACAAUGACAACAAAAAAUAAUAUUGCAGUCUGUUACCACAAUAUGGGAAAAUAUAACGAGGCUUUAAAAAAAUAUUAUUUUGUUGAUAAAAGACAAACUGAAAUUUUAGGUACCAGCCAUCCAUCGACAAUGACAACAAAAAAUAAUAUCGCAGAAUGUUUGCGCGAAAUGAGAAAAUAUAACGAAGCUUUAGAAAUUUAUUGUUCUAUCGAUAAAAUACAAGCUGUAACUAUAAGUAACAACCAUCCAUCAAGACUGAUAACAAAAAAUAAUAUCGCAUUAUGUUUAGACAAUAUGGGAAAAUAUAAUGAAGCUUUAGAAGUUUAUUAUUCUGUUAAUAAAAUGCAAACUGAAAUUUUAGGUAUCAACCAUCCAUCUACAUUGACAACAAAAAGUAAUAUCGCACUUUGUUUAUACAAUAUGGGAAAAUAUAACGAAGCUUUAGAAAUUAAUUAUUCUGUUGAUAAAAUACGAUGUGAAAUUUUUGGUAUCAACCAUCCAUCUACAAUGACAACAAAAAAUAAUAUUGCAGAAUGUCUUCGCAAAAUGGGAAAAUAUAACGAAGCUUUGGAAAUUAAUUAUUCUGUUGUUAAAAUAAGAAGUGAAAUUUUAGGUAUCAACCAUCCAUAUACAUUGACAACAAAAAGUAAUAUCGCAUUAUGUUUAUACAAUAUGGGAAAAUAUAACGAAGCUUUAGAAAUUAAUUAUUCUGUUGAUAAAAUACGAUGUGAAAUUUUUGGUAUCAACCAUCCAUAUACAAUGAGAACAAAAAACAAUAUUGCAGAGUGUCUUUGCAAAAUGGAAAAAUACAACGAAGCUUUGAAAAUUUUUUAUUCUGUUGAUAAAAUACAAACUGAAACUUUCGGUAGCAACCAUCCUUAUACAAUAAGAACAAAAAAUAAUAUCGCAAACUGUUUAAGAAAAUUAAAUCAUUUUAAUCAACAAGUUGAUUAAAUAUUUUACUUCUUUAAUUUGCAAAUAUUGAUAAUAAAUUAAUGUGUUUCUCUAAUAGUACUAGAACGCGGUAAACAUUGAAUAUAUUUAUUAUAUAAAA